CCCCGGUAUGCAUCAUGAGCCGUCAGCUUUGGAGUGAUGUUGUAGCUAUGAUGGUCCAGGAAACAUUCAAGAAGCACGGGUUUUAAGCCUGAGCAGUGUGUUAAACGUCAUUCCCUGGGCAGCGUGAAUGAAGGAGCCUACUUCUGAAGAGAGAAACAGAAAUUUCAGGGAAGAGGCUUUGGAGAUGCAUAAGCCAGAAAACAUGAUCCAACGGCAGCAGGUGAUCCGAAUCACCUACCUGAUCACAGCCCUGGACCUGACUUUCCUGUUCAUGCAGAUUGGAAUCAUUCCAUACUUGGCAAAGAGCCUGGGUCUGGAUUCAGUUGACUUUGGCUACCUUCAGACAAUUUUUGGUGUGCUCCAACUUCUGGGAGGUCCUGUUUUUGGAAGGUUUGCUGACCAGUUUGGUGCUCGGGCUGCAUUAACGCUGUCAUCCUUUGCUGGAUGCCUCCCCACAAUCCCAGCCAUAUUCAUGCAUGGGCUUCCAGGUGCCCAGAUGGUCGUUACAGAUCUGACUCCUCCUCCUCAGCGUGCAGAGGCAUUAGGGAAGCUUGGCCUUUGUUUUGGGGUAGGAAUGAUCAUUGGAUCCUCACUGGGUGGAACUCUUGCCACAAAAUUUGGCAUUUACUUUCCUUCAUACAUUGCACUAGUGGGAAGUCUCAUAAACACAGUGAUAGUAAUGACCUGCAUUCCUGCUCACACGAAGCCAAAGUCAGAAGGACGUGCCAUGCAGCAAAAUGCAUCACAGUCUGGUAGUGUGUUUAGCUUCAGAGAAAUCCUACGCCUGCUGAAGCUUCCAGGAGUAAUGGAAGUUUUCAUAAUCAAGGUCCUUUCUGGACUUCCUACAGGUUUGUUCCUGAUUAUGUUCUCCAUCAUCUCUAUGGAUUUCUUUGGACUGGAGGCAGCAGAGUCUGGGUAUCUCCUGGCAUAUUUUGGUGUUCUUCAAAUAGUGAUCCAGGGCCUGGUAAUUGGAAGGCUAACUAGUUACUACACAGAGCGUACCCUACUCAUGUUGGGCGUUGUCGUUUUUGGUGGCGUGGGGCUAGCCUUGGCUCUGAUGACCAACGUGUUCCAUUACUGCAUCAUCUCUCUCCCCAUGGUGUUUGCAUUCUGCACUGUGGGUGUCAUCACAGACAGCAUUCUCACCAAGGCCGUUCCGCCUUUGGACACCGGAGCCAUGCUUGGGAUAUGUGCAUCAGUUCAUCCCCUGAUGCGGACUGUGGGCCCAACAAUAGGUGGAAUUUUGUACAAACAAUUUGGAGUCUCAUCCUUUGGUUACUUGCAGCUGGCUGUCAACCUAGUUCUGUUUUUGUAUCUUUCAAAGAAUAAAAUCCCCCCUAAAGAGGAAAAAGUUCAAUAAUUCAGGUUACACAGAAGUUUAUCCCUUUGUCGACAAAAAUUAAAAAGCACUUUAAAAAAAACCCAUAUAUGACUGUAUUUUGACUGCAGCAACCAAGAUUGAAAA